AUGUUCGACCUUUCCAAUGUAAUUCGCUCCAAAGGCCACGAAGCUGGACUCAUCUUCGUUACAAAUAUCGAAGUUGUUGGGAGCCGCGUAAUUGCCAAACUCCUGGAUGCAGGCCAUCCUAGGGUACGCGUUGGCCUUCCCAAAGGCUCAGACCAAGCCGACGUUCUGAGUGCUCAAGGCGCUCAAGUGAUCGAGUUCACUUGGGAAGAUGAGUCAACCUACGCGGCGGCUCUCGAUGGAGUGAAGACUGUCUUCUGCGCCUUGCCUCAUCACGAAGGCUGGUCUAGGCACUUUCCAGCUUUCUUCAAAGCUAGUCGCGCCGCCCAUGUCAACCAUUUUGUCAAGCUUUCUUUCUACCACGCCCUCACUGCAACGCGAGCCCAUAUUAUGCAGGGUUUUCAUGUCGCUCUUCCCGAAAACAACGAGUUCAACAAGGUUCCAUUGAUCAAGAUGCACGGGGACUGCGACGAGAUGCUGAUUCGCUCCAAAACGGAUUUUACAAUUCUGUUUGCGUCGCAUCUCAUGUCCGACCCACUCGUCUAUCAAGGAAAGAAUCUAAAAGCGGCCCAUCCUAAAUUCUACGGUGCUUCUGCAGGCAAGCAGGUCAAUUACGUCAGUCCCAAUGACGUCGCUGAAAUGGCGGUGCGUGUUCUGGUGAAUCCUGAUGCACACAGACGAGUUGGGUACACCCUUGUUGGACCGGCUUCCAUUCAAGAUGCCGAAGUUGCUGAUGCAAUUGGAAACGUACUCAACAAACCAGUGAAAUAUAUGGACCUUUCCUCCGAAGAGUUCAAGAAGGGACAGACGGAGGAAGGUGAACCAGAUUGGAUGGUUUCCGAUCUUGCGGCGCUCGAAAAGAUGAAGUCCAGCGGGAUUGAAUCCACUUUCGUUUCACAUGACAUUGAAGCAUUGUGCGGUCAUCCCGCUGAGUCGAUUGAUGAAUAUCUCCAAAACCAUGACACGAUGUCUCCCAGCGAAGUUAUGUGA